AUGGUGUCCUCGUCACUGCUUGUGCUGCCGCUCUGCCUCGCCUAUAUCCCUGCAACGGCAGCAUGGGUCUUCAGCUGGACCAACUCCUCAGGGGGUUUCCUUACCGACCACGGCGAUGUGAUUCAGUCUUGCAAGGUGGUGGACAAUCCCAAGGGGAACAUAUUCGACUGGGACCCCCAAAGUGGAAAUUAUUGCAUCUAUCUCUACAACAACAAUAACUGCACCGACCCAUCGGCCGGUUAUACAUGCAAGUCAUGGCCCUGGAGCAACCAUGUGGCAGGAUCAUAUAUCCAUUCCUACGAAGUUGUAGCGAAUGGUACCGACACUACAUCUAGCACGUCCAACACCACAUCAACAACCUCAACCUCAAGCUCAGCCUCAACAUCGACGAUGACGAGUACAACACAGACAUCAGCCGUCGCCACGUCUACGUCUACCGCCGCAAACACUAGCUCGCCUGCCACUACACCGAUCGCCGCAAGUUCUGACAACAGGACGAGCAAAGGCUCUUCGCUAUCUGGAGGGGCAAUUGCGGGAAUCAUUGUUGGUGUGCUAGCUGCCGCUGCGAUCGCGGGCAUCCUGUUCUUCUUCCUGUGCUGGCGACCGCGCAAAAAGGCUGGCUCUUCCAAAGUUCCAGAGCAGCCAGCACCAGCUAUGUCGGAGCUAGCAGAUGACGAUGAAAAGAAGCCCGCUUCGCCCACUUCCGUGAUUUCCCCAGCCUCCCUGGGACACGCUCAAGACGUAUACCAUGGACAGAGGUUGCGUGAACUGCCUGGGUCUACCGUCGCAUCCGAAAUGGGACCGGGCAUGAUGAGGGCAGAACUGGAUGGCUCGACUCAGUGGAAGAACUGA